UGUUUCCACAGGUGCUAUGGAGAGAGAGCGAAGGGGGAGUGACGGUAUAAGGGGAUGUGUGGAUUGGACAAAAAAUUGGAUUACUGAAGAAAAAGCAACUUUUUUGGCUAUUUUUUUGGUACAUUUGAAUUAGGGACGCAAGACGCAAGACUUCCAGGGACUACAACAAUGCAGGGACAUGAAAGGAUGUUGUCCUUGAAGAGGGUCACAACCUGAGGGCCGGAAGGGCGAAUGAUAAGAACUGGUUUGACAGGAACACAUGCGGACUCAUUCCUUCCAAUACCCCCUGCGGUCAGCGUCAGCAUCCGGGCCAGAAUGCAGAGCCCGGGACCCGAGCAUGAUGACUCCUUCGACUACCUGUUCAAGAUCAUUCUAAUCGGGGACUCCAACGUGGGGAAGACCUGCGUGGUGCAGAACUUCAGGUCGGGGGUUUUCUCCGAGAAGCAGCAGAACACCAUUGGAGUGGAUUUCACCGUUCGCACGCUGGAUAUAGAGGGGAAGAAAGUGAAGAUGCAAGUGUGGGACACAGCAGGACAGGAGAGGUUCCGAACCAUCACCCAAAGUUACUACCGCAGCGCUCACGGCGCCAUGAUCACCUACGACAUCACGAAGCGCGCCACUUUUGAGUCAGUAGCUGGCUGGAUACAGGAAGUGGAGCUCUACGGGGCGGCCAAUGUGGUCCUGGUUCUUAUUGGUAACAAAUGUGACUUGGAGGAGGAGCGGGAGGUUCUGUUUGAGGAGGCCUGCAGUCGGGCAAAAGAACGAGGGAUACUGGCUGCCUUGGAAACAUCUGCAAAGGAUGGUCAGAACGUGGAGGAGGCCUUCAUGAUGAUGGCCAGGGAGCUCCUGUCUCGUAACGGUCUUCAGGUCCAGCAGGGAGAGCUGGAGAGCUGCAGCAGGCCCAGACUUCUCCUCAGGACCAACUCCCGUCCGGUUAAUGGCACAGUGGGCGCAUUCACAGCGGCAGACAAGAAGUCAUGCUGCUGACCGUGCUUGGGAGAAACACAAGGCGUAAGGACGCACAGGGGUGAUUAUGACUCUGACGUUAACUACUUGAGGUUUUCGUGACACUUUACACUGCAUUCUCCUUUCGAAGAAGAUUGUAUUUAUACCAGUGUUUGACACUGUGACUUCUCUCUCAGCGGAGAACCAGUGGACAAGAAAAUGAUCAGUGAAUGUUUUUAAAUUUCUAAUUUCUAUGUUAUACUGUAUGCGUGAUGAUGUUAUGCUCAUUUUAUUUGGAUUUCAGUGAAUACUCUGCUUCACUUGAUAAGUCAUAAAUAAAUUUCCAAUUAUUUGACAACUUAAAAGUAACAGUGUUUUUCUCUUGUAAUUAUUUAUCAAUAUUUUAAGUCAAGUAGAGACCUGAAACCUCCUGAGACCCAGCAAUACAUUUGUUUACUCUCUCAGGGACAAGCGUUUCACAACAUUACAUGAAAGUUGUCGACUGCAAAGGUCAAUGCAUUAAAAACAUUUAUUUUCUCACCAAAAAUAUAUUGGGAUGU